UCAAGAUCCUUCAAAUACUGGGUGUGAGGUUACUUAUAUUAACGGUUAUCCUGCCUUAGAGGCAAUUACUGAUUAUGCUAACAAAUAUAUUAGAAGAUCUCGUGAUCCUGGUGUAAGAUUUAACAUGGUAUUGACUUCUCUUCGACUAAAAAAUGGUACCUUUGAUAUAUAUGAGGGUGAUUUUGCUUAUAAUACGCUUUUACCAGAUGCUGAGAGUAUUACCUAUGAUCUCAAAUGUUCUAAUACUAUUAAAAAAGUAAUAAGAUAUUGGAUGAUUGCACAUAAUGAAGGCAUAUAUAAAGAGUUUAAAGAUUUUUAUAGCUUUACUGAUUCUAAAAGUUAUUAUGAUUCAAUUUGCCUUAAUGCAAAAACACCAUCGGAUACUUUUAAGCAGGCAAAGUAUGAUGAUACGCUUAGAUUGCCAUCUGGUUAUUUAAACUUGGAAAAUAAUGAGAUAACAAUUACCGGUGAACUAAUUGGAAAUGUUAGUGAUUUUGCAACUUUCAUUAAAUUUAAUGAAACUGGUGUGGUGGUGGUGCCUUCUUUUCUACCUAAAAAUUUUAUGAGUGAUGUGAAUGGUUUUUUAACUCAGCUUACAGCUCAAUUUGAUCUAUUUAAUAAAUCUGGUGUAAAAAAGGUGGUCUUUGAUUUUAUUAAUAACGAAGGUGGUUUUGCAUUGCUUUCACAAUAUUUCAAUGAUCUCAUCUUCCCACAAAAUAGAGUAGCAUUUCCGCGUGACAUGAAGAUUAAUAAUGUAACAACGUUUCUUCUUAAACAAGCUGAUAAGCUAAAUCUUCAAUUAUUUAAUUUUUCUCCUAGAUCAAAAUUAUCUUAUGAUACUGGUGAAUCAUUUGAUAAUUCGGAUGCUUUUAUUGGAAACAAUUCAUUCACGAGAGGUGGUGUAACUACUAAAUAUUCCAGUUUAUAUAGUGAAAUAUUCGACAUAACCUUUUUUGCAAAUUGGAAAUUUCCAUGGACUAAUAAGGAUAUUAUUAUACUUACUAAUGGGGCUUGUGGAUCUGCUUGUGCACAAACGACUCAAUAUCUAUCAGAACAGGCUAAAAUUGCUACUGUUUCUGUUGGAGGCCUAUAUAAUAGCAACAUGUCAUAUAGUUCGUUCCCCGGCGGAAAUGUUGUAUCAAUUGAUGAUCUAUUUAAAGAUGUUAAUAUUAUUAUAAAUACUACUACCGAUUACCCUAAAAUACCUAAAAAUUUGAACAUUGCAAUGUAUUCUUUUGGACUUUCAUUAUCCGAAGCUUACAGUAUUUCAUUUCCGAAUUUAGUAACUGAAUUUAUAUACCGGCCAGCAAACUAUAGAUUAUAUUAUGAUGACAAAAGUAUCUAUGAUCCUAGUUUGUUAUGGCUACAAGCU